AAUACAGUCGACUCUCUGGCUGUCGAUCUUCUCGAUAUCAAUAUUGCUCCUGCUGUCAAUAAAUUUUUCAGUCCCUUCAGUUUGCAUACUUUGAUUUUCUUCAUUCCUCAAUAUUCUCUUUUGUUCGACGACCCUUUUCCUCGACGGUCCCUAGGAACAUGAUUGAAUGAAAAUUAUAUUCUGGCUAUCGAUAUGGUUACGUGUCAUGGCCUCCAAUGAUGUGAUUAUCUAGAAGCGAAGUUUUACGAACAUAAGUUUGACGUUUGUGCUGUGUUCCGGUUCGAAGUUGUCUCCAUCUCUUAUCCCGAAAAUGUCGCCCCGGCCAGAUACUCGGAGGAAACUAACGGUUUUGACCGUUCACGAGCGGAUGAAGAUUAUUGAAAAGCACGCAGCUGGCUGGAAGAUCGGUGCAAUCUCGGAAACUUACGGCGUCCCUCAAAGCACCGUGUCCACUGUCGUCAAAAACAAGGAGAAGUGGAUUGCGAUGCAAGACAAGGGCAAUCUUCGAAAGCCACGAGCCGUCUCGAACGAACGCCUUGAAAAGGCCAUGAAGCUGUUUGUCCAACAAGCGCGGGAAAACAAUCUGCCGCUUUCCGGGAUCAUGAUCCGUGAAAAAGCUAAGGAUUUCGCCUGUCAGCUCGGCUUUACUGAGUUCAAAGGAAGCGCCGGCUGGCUCUCAAAGUUCGCAAAACGGCAAAAUCUUGCGUUCAAGAAGCUCUGUGGCGAGAGUGCCAGCGUUGAUACGAACAUGUGCGACGACUUCAAGCAGAAAACGCUGCCGGAUCUGGUUCGCGGCUACGAUCCGAAGGACAUUUACAACGCUGACGAAACUGCCUCGUUCUAUAAGUGCCUCCCCGAUAAAACCUACACGAUGCAGAGUGAGGCGUGCCACGGCGGUAAAUACUCCAAGCAACGAAUCACCGUCCUGUGCGCCACCAACAUGGACGGCUCGGAUAAGUUACCGUUGUUGGUGAUCGGUAAGAGCAAGAAGCCGCGUUGUUUUAAAAACGUGAAAUCUCUCCCCGUAAUUUACGAGAGCAACUCGAAAGCCUGGAUGACUUCACUCAUAUUUGAGAAGUGGUUGAACGAUCUUGACAGGAAGUUUGGAGAAGAGAAUCGGAAGGUGCUGAUGUUUGUCGAUAAUUGCACCGCUCAUCCCAAACGCCUUCAAGACAAGCUGAUAAACAUCAACUUGCAGUUUUUCCCGCCCAACGCGACUUCAGUGCUGCAACCGUUGGACCUUGGAAUCAUAAAGAAUCUUAAGCAUUACUAUCGCUACUCUUUGGUUAAGCGCAGAUUGGAUGAAAUGGAGCAGAAAAAGGAUUUCUCUGACAUAACCGUUCUGGAUGCGAUAAAGUACAUGUCCAAGAAUUGGGCAGCGGACGUGAAACCGUCCACUAUCGCCAAUUGCUUCGCCAAAGCCGGAUUCGUCUGUCCGGAUGCUGAUCAACAAUGGAAUGAAGACAUCCAGGAAGAUCUUCCCACCAUUACAGAUGAUAUGAUGGCGCACUUGUCCGAAGGUGUCUCAUUUUCGGCGUAUUGCAAUGUUGAUGACGAUUUGACCACUGCUGAGCUGAUGUCGGACGACGACAUUCUCGAAUUCGUUACUGAGCCAAAAUCAGUAAACGGGGAAGACGUCGAAGAUACGGAAGACGACCCCCAACAGCCAUUGGAAGUGACCAGCAGCAUGGUUCGUAACACGCUGAGCGCUAUGAACAACAUUCUGGCGGCUACUGAAAAUGUUCCUGCUGAAAUGUUUGGAAUUUACUAUGCGCUUGAACAGUUUCUUCAGCAGAAGUACUGAUCGAUUUGUUAUUGUUGUUGCUUUCUGAAUUUAUGAACGAUUAAAUAAUAUAACUAAGCUUAUUAUUCACAAAACAAGAAGCAGUUUUAUUUAUAAUUGAAUGCGACCUAAGAAUACAUCGAAGAUUUAACUAAACAAUUAAUUACCUUUGACUUUGUUUUGCUGACAGCUGUACUCCACUUUGCACAUUUACAGUUUUAAUCUAGUACUCAUUUCGCACUGGUUCUAUAAUUUGAUAACUCUUUUCCUCGACGGUCCCUUCAAUAUUGACAGCCAGAGAGUCGACUG